AUGAGAUGCAAGUCAUGCAACAUACGCGGGGCAAUCUGCUCCACUCCGGCCCACAGCAGCAACGUCUUGGCACAUCGUAUCUCAAUUUCAUCUCGAGUCUCUCUCGCCGCGUUUCCAUCUUAUCAAACCAAUAAUAAUAUACAGAUAGAAUAUACAGCAAAAGAAAAAAGAGAAAAGGAAAUGCCCUUCGAACUCCUCCCCGCAGACCCCACAGACUCCCCCGCCCUAACCACCGUCUUCCUCUCCGCCUUCAGUAGCCCCUUCAACCAGCGCCUGUUUCCACGCACCCCCGAUGUAAUUACCUACUGGACCGCCCAGUUCACCUCCUUCAUCAACAAUCCACACAAAGCCGUCCUCAAGAUAACCAACUCAGAAGACGGGUCCAUCGUCGCGUUUGCCGUGUGGCAGCUCCCGGUCCCAUCCUCCCCCGAGGAUGUCCACUUGAAACACUCGCAUUCUCCUCCACAUUCGCAUGCACAUGCACAGGCGGGCGAUGAGCAUCCCUACCCCGCCAGUUCCGACAGGGAGCUCUGCGAGGUAUUCUUCGGUGGAAUGGAGGAGAUGAAGAAGAGGAUUAUGGGUUCUAGGCCUCAUUACUAUCUGGAGAUGCUGGGGACCCGGCCGGAGUACGCUGGACAGGGUCUUGCAUCGAAACUGCUCCGGUGGGGAUUGGAGAGGGCUGAUGAGGUGGGACUGGAAACGUAUCUCUCGGCGUCGCCGGCGGGGAGGCCGUUGUAUGAGAAGUUUGGGUUUCGGGUGGUGGAGGAGAGGGAGGUGGUGGCUGGGUAUGUGCAGGGGUAUAUGCUGAGGGCUGGGAGGGUAGCUAAUUGA